AUGGCUUUAGCUUAUUCUCCUCCGAUCUCGCCCCCUCUCACCGCUCCUCUGAGGCUCACCCCGAAGACACCUCGUUCUCCUGCGACCGUUCAGUAUCAUGCGACUAGUUUGAAAACUCCAUCGGUCACAAGGGAGGCGCAUGCCCCCCGGCCGUCUUCGCCGUUUGCCCGCCCGACCACGCCAGCAUAUAAUUCGACUCCGCCGCUGUCCAAAAAAUCAAAACUACGCCCUUCGCCGCUGCGUGUGGAGCCUCUUUGCUUGCGUGCCGGCGAAGUACCCAUUGUGGCCACAGCGGGAUUGGACGAGCUUUCGGACAUCGGCUCGCCUCCGAACGCUACUCUUCUUUGUACCCAACCAUUGGUACCUAUAACUGGCAAAGACUCGUACCCUGCUGCAUUCUCGCUUGGUCACUCCAAACCCAGUGGUCCAUUCUCCCGUCCGACAUCCCCCAUCAUCACGCUCGGUAUCGACUACGACACCUCGGACGUUCCCACCUCUGCAGCGUCCAGCACGAUCAACUCCCCUGCGAUAUUUCGUUUUGAUCCUCCUCAUAAUCUUCUCCAUCCUACUUCCCACUCUACUUUGCCAAAGGACAAAUCCCUUCGUUUAUUUGAACGCCGCUCCUCACGUGUUUCCGUAGCCAGCCUAGACCAGCUCUCCAUGUCUAUUUGCAAUUCCGUUCCUCCUCUUUCCGCUCGACGACUCUCCCAACCUCGCCUUUCCAUCGCUUCAGCCAUCUCUAUGGACAGCUCCGUCGAUCCCAUUUCUAUCGAACUGCCUCGUCGGAAGAGCAGUCUCCUAUGUGCUCCCCAGCGGACCACUCGCGAGUGGUCUGGAACGCUCUCCGAGCUAUUCGAGGGCGUCGAGCAGCUCACAGCUGGCCUCUCCCAGACGGUUCUCGACGACCGCAGCGAUACAUCCUCCAUCGAGGAGCCACAUGAAUCUACUCCAACCACGCUUCUCCUUCCACGUUCGCGAACGUCGAGCGAAGAUUCGUCUCUAUAUACGCCUUCGGUUUCCUCUGUUAUCCUCUCGUCUACGGACACCGAGGGUGACCUUCAACCCAAUCUCCGCACGAAACGAUCCUCAUCUGCACUUCCGGUAAACCAGCCACCUGCCAUUUGCCAUGAGCCAUCCGGCAUCAAUCUCAAAAUUGCAAUGGAGCGCAUUGACGAAGUCCGCUCAGAAGCUUCUUCUCCGACGCAAAUGCCACCAACUCCUGACACUGCUCUGGGCUUUACCAACACGGCACACAACUCGCUCGGUUCGCUAGAGAAGCGCGAGUCUCCCCCGCCAUAUUCACGUGGCGAAACGCCUUCUACUCGGAUUUUACCCCCUGGCCUUGCGGUUACAGGCAAAGUCUCGCCUACACCAACCUCGUCCAAGCCUAAGCCGUACAUUCCACCUCACCUUCGACCACCGUCGACGCUCACACCUCCCGCGAGACUCGCUUCCAUCAACCUCCCACCGGCGCGUCAGACGCGUAGCGUGUUGAUGCGUGAUCUUCCGACAGACGAACGAGCGAGUCAACAAUGGGACCGUGAAAAAGUCACCUCUGAUGUGCGUCAAAUCACGCAGAGGAUGCAAUGGGAUAAGGCGCAAAAGACGUGGCAGCUCGUACGCGAGGCUGAACGGGUUCCGUGA